CAAUCAUAUUAUUAAUAAUGUUCAAUGUACAUUAAUAAAUUAACAUAUUUUUUAUUAUUUUUUAAACCCCAAAAGAAUUCUAAACAGAUUUAUUCCAUUAUAUAAUAAAUGGGCGACGACCUCGACCACUGGGAUUCUUACAAGGAUUCCGACGACGAUGUUUUCGCACCUGAAAAUGACAACAACCUAGACGAAAUAUCAGACAGAUUAAAAUCACAGAAGUUAAGUGAGGAUUCUGAUCUUCAUUUUACAAAUGAUUUGUUUGCUGGAUAUAGCAAAGUUAAGGAUGAAUCGUCGGAUAAUUUAUUCUCAACUAAUAUAAAGCAAAUGGCACUUGCUGAUCCCUAUUCUCAAAUUGAGCUCAAAUGUUUGAAAGAUUGUGAAACGCUUUCAAAAAAACUCUCACAAAAGAUAGAAACUAGUCCUGCCAAGAGCGCAGUUUGGCUUCAGUUUUUGGACAUUCUUUUACAGUCCUGUGAAAAGAAAAUGGAACUUAAGGACCUACAGACUUACAAACGCAAGGUUGAGAACUUUAUCAAGAAUAAGGAAAACGCUCAUCGGGACAAAUCUCUAAAUAAAAAGAAGCCUAACGACGUUGGAACUAGUAAGAACUACCAGGACGAGCUCGACAUGCUAUACGGUGAACUUAGCGACACCGACGAGGAUGAUGAAUUUUACUACGAGUGACUUUGAGACAAGAUUGCUUUAAAUCUGCCCUGUAAUUUAUUCAACAUUC